AUGGCGGAGUCACCUUUUAAGCCAGAGAUACUAAGAGGGAAGGUAGCUUUAUUGACCGGAGGUGGGUCAGGAAUUGGAUAUGAGAUAUCUCUACAACUUGGCAAACAUGGAGCAUCUAUUGCUAUCAUGGGUCGACGUAAACAUGUUGUUGACUCUGCUGCUGCCUCUCUUCACUCUCUUGGCAUUUCUGCAAUAGGAUUCGAGGGAGAUGUUCGCAAAAGAGAAGACGCAAAUAGAGUUGUGGAAUCUACUGUCAAACAUUUUGGUAGGCUUGACAUUCUUGUGAAUGCUGCAGCCGGCAAUUUUCUUGUGCCUUCAGAGGAUUUAUCCCCCAACGGAUUUAGGACAGUAAUGGAUAUAGACUCUGUUGGCACUUUUACAAUGUGUCAUGAAGCACUCAAGUAUCUUAAGAAAGGCGGUCCUGGGAAGGAUCCAUCUACUGCUGGUGGAAUAAUAAUAAACAUCAGUGCGACUUUGCAUUAUACUGCUUCAUGGUAUCAAAUCCAUGUAUCUGCUGCCAAGGCAGCAGUUGAUAGCAUUACAAGAAACUUGGCAUUGGAAUGGGGAACAGAUCAUGACAUGAGAGUUAAUGGGAUUGCUCCAGGGCCUAUUGGGGACACUGCUGGUAUGAGUAAACUUGGACUUGAGGGAAUAGCGAGCAAAGCUAUGGAGAAGAUGCCUCUGUUUAAAUUGGGGGAGAAAUGGGAUAUAGCUAUGGCUGCUCUCUAUCUUGCAUCUGAUGCAGGAAAAUAUGUAAAUGGAACAACAUUGGUUGUUGAUGGAGGUGAAUGGCUGAGCAAACCCCGUCAUUUCCCUAAAGAUGCAGUGAAGCAACUGUCCCGGGUGGUGGAGAAGAGGUCUAGACAUGCACCGAAGGGGGUUCCUGAGAGCAAGCUAUAA